CUCCCUUUUGAUUGUAUCGCCUCCCUGAAGAAGAAGAAGAAGAGAAAGAAACUUGUUAACUCACAACAAUCCAAUUUCCUUUGAGAAAAAUGGGUAGCCAAUUUAGGGUUUAGGUAGGAAGUUCGUUUCGGUCAGAAAUUCCUCGUCUGAAAACAGGUCCAAUCUACUAUCAGGGUCCAAAAUCACUGCUCCUCCUCGUGCACAGGUCGAUAGGCUUAACAAGGAAGGUUAUGGGAGAAUUUGGUAACGAAAUUAAACCGAAAGACAAGGUGGAUGAGAUGUUGGAGAGGCUGCUUCAACAACAACACCAGGAUCAGAUCGACGCUUCUCUGAAAAAGAAGGGACAGCUUUGGUGCGGGUUAAUUGGUGGUGUUCUGGGGCUUUCUUAUGCUCUUUGGACGGAUUAUCUAAUGGAUGGAAAAGUCAGAAAUGUCUUGGGAUGGACGAUUCAAUAGAUUUAGUUGAGUUGAAGGAUGACUUAGCUGUAACUGGAACUCUUCAUUCAAUUAUUCAUAACUUGAGAAUACUAGAGUUGUUGAUCAAGAACAGUAUCCUCACAUCACAUGAUUUCAGUAAGGAUUAGUUGGGAGAUAUGUGCAGCUACCCCCGGAAGGAGUUGUUGUUUAGUUGUUCAGAGAAGGAUUGUUUGAAACUGAUUGUGGAUUGAAAUUUGAUCCCAAGGUUUUGAUGAUGAAAAACGAGGUUGAUGUUGGCAUCGAAGAUGUUAAGGAACUUAUGACUUCUUCUUGGUGGUCGUAAAGAUUCUUGAUCAUCAGGCAGGGGCCUCUUUCGCCAUCAUUUCCUGUUGAGAAUUUCGCCAGUUCCAUCUACGGCAAUGAAGAGUCACUGGACAAGACAAAGAACCUUCCCAUUGUGAAGAGAAUAUCUGACUUCACCUUCUGCUCUUACUUUCUAGAUUAUUCGACGUUGAUUCUGACGUUCCUACAAAGGCAGAAUGCGUGUAUCCGCAGUCAACAGUUCCAGAAGACUGCCAACUCCAAAUUCGAGUCAUGUUCUGUAUAAUAAUGGGAUUGUAAUUAGAUUGUGGUCUCUGACUGAUCAAUAAUACCCCGAAGCUUGCACUAUGAGGGGAUUUCCUGGAUUAACAUUUUGAUGGAUCACACUUCUUCAUAUUUUUGAAUUUCUAGAUGUUGAUCAUGUACCUUAUCUUCAGCCAUUAUCCUCAUCUGCCCGGAUCAGCAUCAACUGGCUCAUACAGUUCAUUUCUGGAUUUAUGUUCCAUACAGUUCAUUUCUGGAUUUAUCUUCAUAUUUUGUAGUGCAGCCUGCCUCCGGGACGCCGAAAGAAACAUAUGAAUAUGUGGGGUACAUGCCAGUAAAUCUGAGCUGAGAUUAAAUGGUAAAACUUUCCUCUCCCUGCAGCCUGAGUAAAUCUGAACUCAAAUAACACAUGGUAAAGUUAGAUGCUGCAGUUACAGAACCUUACUGUAUAAAAGAACAGAAGGUGAUGGGAAGCUACACCACCAUGAAACCUGAAAGAAAACGUCACACGUGAGGAACCGAACCCCACUUGCUAAUGACAGAAUUCUUAAAUCUUUUCCUUACUUCCUUCUCAAGGUCAUCUGGAAGAAGUUGAGCAUUUGGGGACAUCAUUGAGGCUACAGCAGGGAUGGAAAUUUCCAUUAGAGUGUUUGACUACGUUGAAAGCAACACUUUUCCACAUGGGUUGAAAUCAAUGACGCAAUUCGUGAGGUACGCAUAAUACAGCCAACAUAAACACAAGUAUAAAUAUGAAAUUUGCAAACUUGAUAGAAAUUCAUAACCGGCACAAUCAAUUCCAGACAGAAAAAAGAAAAACAAGAAACCCUUUGCAAGUCAUCAACCAUGCUAGAGCUUGAGUUUACGCUUUCAUCAUGCCUUCUCUUCAUCCUCCUCCCUAUUAUCAUUUUAUUCUUAGUCAUCAAAACUGGAGGUAAUUCUUCUUCUUCGUCGUCGAAGUUACCAAGAUCUUACCCAUUGGUUGGUUCUACUUUCGCUAUUCGUGCGAAUGAAAACAGAAAUAACCAAUGGAUUGCAGAUGUACUUCGCCAUUGUUCCACGGGAACUUAUGUUGCUUCUCGAGGUUUACUAGGUCCUGCUCAAGUUUGGACUGCAAAUCCUGAAAAUGUGAAGCACAUUCUCAAGACCCAAUUCUCUGUUUACCCAAAAGGUGGAAUCUCUAUAAGCAUUCUCAAAGAUUUCCUGGGCAAUGGUAUAUUCAAUACUAACGGGGAUACCUGGAAGUUUCAGAGGCAGAUAUCAAGCCAUGAGUUCAACACUAAAUCUCUUCGUAAGUUCAUCGAAGAUGUUGUUAAGACCGAGGUUUUUGAUCGGCUAGUUCCCAUUCUGUCAACAACAGCAGAGCAAAACUCAGUUCUUGAUCUUCAAGAUAUUCUUCAAAGGUUUGCUUUCGACAACAUUUGUAAAAUCUCUUUUGGGUAUGAUCCUGCCUACCUUUCACCUUCACUCCAUAAGACCGAAUUCGCUACUGCUUUUGAAGAGGCUACCGAGAUUAGCGGAAGACGUUUCCGUUCUGUGAUCCCAUUAGUCUGGAAGAUUAAGAGAUUUCUCAACAUUGGGUCUGAGAAGAAACUCAAGCAAGCCACUUCGAAGGUUCGAGAGUACGCCAAAAACCUUAUAAUGCAAAAGAAAGAAAACAAAGACAGGUCUUCACUGGAGGCCACUGAUCUUCUCUCAAGGUUCUUAAGAGACGAGCACUUAGACGAUGAUUUUGUGAUCGAUAUUGUUAUAAGCUUCAUCUUAGCAGGUCAGGACACCACUUCAGCAGCCUUGACAUGGUUUUUCUGGUUAAUUUCCUGCAACCCCAAGGUAGAAGAAGAGAUAAUGAAAGAGAUAAACCAAACGUCAGAAGAACCUGGUUACGACGACAUCAAAGACAUGGCUUACAUCCACGCGUCGAUUUGCGAAAGCAUGAGGUUGUACCCACCAGUCCCAGCUGACGGUAAAGAAGCAGCAAGCGACGAUAUCUUACCAGACGGAACUAUUAUAAAGAAGGGAAUGACUGUGACAUAUUCUCCUUACGCAAUGGGACGGAUGGAAAAUUUGUGGGGUUCAAACUGGAAUGAGUUCAAGCCAGAGAGAUGGUUAGAGAUUGAUAAAACUACCGGAAAACUACACUUUAUGGCCAAAGACUCCUACACAUAUCCAGUGUUUCAGGCAGGACCUAGGAUUUGCUUAGGUAAAGAGAUGGCAUUCUUGCAGAUGAAGAUGUUAGUUGUUGAAAUUUUACGUCGGUUUCGAGUUGUUCCUGCAGAAGGAGACGAAUUUGAACCUGUUUUCAUUUCCUACUUAACCUCGAAAAUGAAAGGUGGUUUUCCAGUGAAGAUUCAACAUAGGAACUGUGAAGACAGACACUGAUAAUUAUAUGGAUUUAUGUUGCAUUGUGUUGCAGUGUUUUAGUCUAUGGGCAUCAUUGGAUGACUUUAUUUUAGUCGGUUAUUAUAGAAUUGGAUCCGUAAACCCCAGAUGGAUAGUAAACAAAAAUCUAUCAAGAAACUUGUAAACAAGAACUAGAAAUCCUUGUCAAAAACGGAAAACCGGUCUCCAAGUUUGGGACGGUCUAAGUUUCUCAUCUUGUAUCUUAUAUAUAAGGGUAACGUCAUAUGUAUUUCCAAUCAACAGAGAUAAUUUUACAUCAGUAAUAA